CAUCACAGUCAUCCCAGUCAUCCCAGUCAUCCCAGUCGUCCAAGUCAUCUCAUUAAUAGUCAUCCUAUUCAUCUUAAUCAUGGAAGUCAUCCCAGUCAUCCAACUCAUCCUAGUCAUCCCAGUCAUCCAAGCCAUCUCAUUAAUAGUGAUCCUAUUCAUUUUAAUCAUGGAAGUCAUUCCAGUCAUCCACAUCCUCCCAGUCACCCAUGUUAUUCCAGUCAUCUUAGAGACCCUAGACAUCCAAGUCAUCCUAGUGUCUCACUCAUUCCAUUCAUCCUAGUCAUCUUAGUCACCCCAGUGAUCCCAGUCAUCCUAGUUAUUCCCUUUAUUCUUGUCAUCCUAGCUAUCCUAGUCAUCCCAGUCAUUCCAGGCAUCCUAAUCGUUUCAGUCUUGCAGCCAUCCUAGUCAUCCUAUUCAUCCCAGUCAUACCAGACACCGUUGUCGUCUCAGGUAUCUCAUCAUCCUAGUCAUCCCAGCUUUUCUAGUUAUUCCUGUUAUCACAGUCAUCCCAGUCACCUAGCUAAGUCAUCCUAAUCAUCCAAGUCACUUCAUCAUCCUUGUCACCCCAGUUAUUCCAGUCAAACCAGUCCUCCUAGUCAUCCCAGUAAUCCUAGUCUUCCCAGUCAUCCCAGUUAUCCCAGCCAUCCCAGUCACUCCAGUUACUCCAGUCAUCCAAGUAAUUCCAGUCACCCUCCUUAACCUCAGGGUUCGCAUGCAACUAAAAGUCCUUGAACAUUGUAGUCAGUGCUGGAAAGUCCUCGCAUUCCAGUGCUAACUUAUCCAACCCUGAUUCUCAAGUGCCUAAAAGAAGCAAACACAGAAAGACCUUCAAAAUGAAGAUUAAAAUUGCAGUCAUGUUGUCACAGAACUAAAAAAGUUGACUCAAAUCUCUGAUUGGAAUCCUUGAAAAAUGAGAAAUUUGUCCUUGCAAGUCCUUGAAAAAUCCUUGAAUGUUUUGUUAAAAAAGGGGUUCAAACGCUGCAACCUUGUUUUCCUGGUCCUUCUACAAUCGGUGACAAAAUGAGUUGAGACACUCCUCCCUCAUCCCCUCCAUGCAAUGUUGUGCCACUGUUCGAGCUACCUUUAGAAAACAAGAAACAUCCCAACUUUGAAUGGAGGGGACAGGGGAGGGGUGUGGAUUCUUAUGUUUCUGAAGUUACCCUAUUUGAGUACAAUGUCUCAACAAUCUUGUCGCGGAUUGUAGCUAUCCCUGUCAUCCCAAUCAUCCUCUUGUCCUAAUUGUUCUGGUCAUAAUCAUCCCAUUCAUCUUGGUUGUGUCAGUUAUCCCAGUAACCCUAUCCAUCCAAUUCAUUCUAGUAUCCCACUCAUUCUAGUCACGUUAGUCAUUUCAGUUACCCCAGCUAUCCCAGUCAUCCCAGCCAUUCAAGUUAUUUCAUUAAUAGUCAUCCUAUUCAUCCUAAUCACAUAAGUCAUUCCAGUCAGCCAAAUCAUCCCAGUCAUCCAACUCAUCCCAGUCACCCCAGUCACCCAUGUUAUUCCAUUCAUCUUAGAGACCCCUGUCAUCCCAUCUCUCAUCAUGUCAUUCUGGUCAGUCAUCCUUGUUAUCUUAGUUAUCCCAGUAAUCCUAGUCACCCAAAUCAUCCUAUUAUCCGACUCAUUCCAUUUAUCCUAGCCAUCCCAGUCAACCCAGUCCUCCCAGCCAUCUUAGUAAUCCUAGUCCUCCUAGGAAUUCCAGUCAUCCCAGUUAUCCUAGUCAUCCUAGUCAUCACAAUCAUCCCAUUCAUUCUUCCCAUCCUAAUCAUCCCAGUCAUCCUAGUCACCCCGGGUACUAUUCAUCCAAGUAUCUCUAG